CGCGAUGACGUCACAACUUCUCUUCCGCUUUGGAUUCCUCUUUGUGUAAGGAUGGGCAGGAACAAGUGAGAGACAAAAUUUUGUAGGAAAUGAAAUUUACAGGACCGUCUGCUCUAUCUACAGUACCUAGAGACCAGAAGUGGAGCUGUGGAGGAAUGCAUUGUCUACUACAAGAAUUUGAACCGUGCAAAACUGGAGUGCUAUUAUGAAGUGAACAAGGGUGGAAUGGGUCCAUUCCAUACCGAGCAUAUAUGCUAUUACAAACUUAAAUGUAUGGUUAUAGAAAACGCAAAAAUGAAGAAAAGUAGCAAAGUGCACGUAGACGAAAGUGAACCCUCUGGAGUAGAUGAAUUGACCUUUGAACACAGAAACGUUAGUAUAAAGAAAUCAAAGUGGGUUACAGAAGAAUAUGACGUCACAGAUUUACUGCUGGGCAGAGGAAAAUUUGGAGAAGUUAAAAAGUGUAAAGAGAAGAAAACCGGGAGAUUCUUGGCUGCGAAAUUUAUCGCAGUAAAUGGUCACCAAGAAAGAGAUGACGUCAUAAACGAAGUUGCCAUCAUGAAAACCCUUCAGCACCCUCGCCUGUUGCAGUUGUAUGACGCUUUUGAGAAAAAGAAUACAUUUUGCAUUGUAACAGAAUUGAUUUCGGGCGGAGAGCUUUUUGAACGAGUAAUCAAUGAUGAUUUUAUCUUGACGGAGAAAGCCUGCAAUAUGUUUAUGCGACAGAUAUGUGAAGGCAUCGCCUUUAUGCAUUGUAGAGAAGUUCUGCAUUUAGAUCUGAAGCCCGAAAAUAUUUUAUGUUUGACACGAGAAGGCAACAUCAUAAAAAUUAUUGAUUUUGGAUUAGCAAGAAAAUAUGAUCCUUCCGGUGAUCUCCGAAUCCUAUUCGGAACUCCCGAGUUCAUGGCGCCAGAGGUCGUGAACUUUGAUCCUGCUUCACCAGCAACAGAUAUGUGGAGUAUAGGUGUUAUAUGUUAUGUUUUAUUAUCAGGGUUAUCCCCCUUUGUUGGUGACACCGAAGCAGACACUCUUGUCAAUGUGACGUCAGCUAAAUGGGACUUUAGUGCAGAAGAAUUCGAAAGUAUAUCCAAGGAGGCCAAAGAUUUUAUAUCGAAAUUAUUGGUGAAAGAUCCAAGGAAAAGAAUGACUGCACGUGAGUGUCUGGAUCACAUAUGGCUCAGACGUUCACAGAAAAGAGAAGCACGCUUACCAGAACGAUCUCUCUCUAAGAAGAGGCUGAAGAAAUUUGUAUUUAGGAGAAAGUGGCAGAAAGCUGUAAAUGCCAUGUUGGCUUUGAAGAGAAUGGGUGUUAAUUUGACGUGAUACCUCACAGCUAACUGCAAUAGGUUUAAAGUAAACAGAUUGUGGGUUGAUUACAAGACAUUUCUGGAAUCACAAAUGCAUUCUGACCAAACAUGGAGUGGAAUUACACAGAUUCACGUUUAUGCUGAAAAUAAGUGUUUGAUAAUUAAAAUGUGUUAAUAUGCAUUCCUACA